AACCCUAGCCGUUUGCUUCAUUCUCCUCAGAGAUAAAAAGACGCCGUUCGUCUCUUCAGAGAGUUUCACCUUCUAGGGUUUGUUUCAAGAGAAGGGUUGGAAAAAUGAGUCGUGGAGCUGCAGCUGUUGCCAAGGGAAAGAAGAAGGGUGUCUCCUUCACCAUUGAUUGUUCGAAGCCAGUUGAUGACAAGAUCAUGGAGAUUGCUUCCCUCGAGAAGUUCCUUCAGGAGAGGAUCAAGGUCGGUGGCAAAGCUGGUGCUCUUGGUGAUUCAGUCACCAUCACCCGUGAGAAGAGCAAGAUCACUGUCACUUCAGAUGGUCAAUUCUCCAAGAGGUAUUUGAAGUACUUGACAAAGAAGUACCUCAAGAAGCACAAUGUGAGGGAUUGGCUCAGAGUGAUUGCAGCGAACAAGGACCGUAAUCUCUAUGAGUUGAGGUACUUCAACAUUGCUGAGAACGAGGCAGAGGAGGAAGACUAAAACCCAGUUAUCAGUUUGGUUUAGAACUAUACUCUAUCCCAUGUUUUCGUUUUUUGGCUUCUACUCGGUACUGAAUACAAUUUGUCUUUGCCCUUCUGUCUUUUUUUGUCAGAUGUUAUUUAGUUCUGUUGAAGUUAACUCUCGUUGGUUAUCUUACUUUAAGCUCAUA